AUGGUGGCAGAAGCUAAGAUUGUGUGUCAGCAGAGCGUGCCCGUUUUGGAGGUUCAGUAUUUUGGUAAAGGGACUAAUGUUCAAGAGGUUGAAGAUGUAGUUGCAGUUUCACAGUCGAUUUCGCCCAAGAAUUUUGACCGAAAUCGUGCUUCGGAAUCCGUCUCCGAUGCUAUAACGAGCUCUCAAGCCGAUGUUAAACCUGCGGAUAAAAUUCCUGAUUUGGCUCCAGAAUCGGCUGAUCUUCAAUUCUUCCCUAGGCUCCGUUCUGGUAGCUUUGCUGACAUCGGACCCCGUAGAUAUAUGGAAGAUGAACAUAUACUAAUAGAUGAUCUAUCUUCACACUUGGGAUCGCUCUUUAAUUUUCCCACGCCAAGUGCCUUGUAUGGGGUAUUUGAUGGACAUGGAGGACCUGAAGCGGCAUCUUAUAUUUCUGAAGUUGAUGAGAUUUUCUCAGAGGAGCUUGAGAACUCCCUCCGUAAGGCAUUUCAUCUGGUUGACCUUGCGCUGGCAGAUGACUGCAGUGUAAGCAGUUCAUCUGGGACAACAGCAUUAACUGCUAUGAUAUUUGGAAGGCUUCUAAUGGUAGCCAAUGCUGGGGAUUGCCGAGCUGUUCUCUGCCGGAAAGGAGAGGCAAUCGAUAUGUCUCAAGACCACAGGCCCAUUUAUCCCUCAGAAAGGAAGCGGGUUGAAGAAUUGGGUGGAUAUGUUGAUGACGGGUAUCUGAAUGGCGUCUUAUCGGUAACCCGAGCAUUAGGCGACUGGGACAUGAAGUUUCCUCGUGGUUCUUCAUCACCCCUUAUUGCCGAUCCAGAGUUCCGGCAAGUGGUUUUAACAGAGGAUGAUGAGUUUCUCAUUAUAGGGUGUGAUGGGAUUUGGGAUGUGAUGUCAAGUCAGCAUGCAGUUAGCCUUGUUCGACGUGGGCUACGGCGGCAUGAUGACCCGGAGCAGUGCGCCAGGGAUCUUGUUAUGGAGGCUCUUCGCCUCAACACAUUUGAUAAUCUCACUGUGAUUGUGGUAUGCUUCUCCCCUCUUGAUCCUCGAGAACCAUCACCACAGCGGGAACGAAGAUUUAGGUGCUGCAGCCUCUCUGCGGAGGCCCUAUGUAGUCUGAGGAGCUUGUUGGACAGAAGUGCCAGCGGUUGA